AGAGAGCAACACCGCCUAAAACAAAAUGGACUAAUCCCGCCGUGUUCCACAUCUAUAACCCCAUUUCUUCCCCGGCACAAAAAAAUCUUCAUCACCACAUUUCUCCACCGCUUCUUCGAUUCGAUUUGCAGAGAAAUCUCCGAUGGAAAACUCCAGACCCAGAUCCGUCUUCGUCGACAUCGGACUAAGAGAGCUCAACGGAUUCCGAGUAAGGAAGCGACCGUUCUUCGCAGAUUCCGAGCUGGUUUGCAGAGAAAUAGCCAGCGUUGCUGUGGAACACGACGGCUAUCGGACUCCUCCCUUGGCCGUCUCCUUCUGUAAGAGUAGCAGGAACUCACAAGUAUUCGCGGUGUCUGAUGAGGAUGGACAUGUGAGCUUGUUUAAUUCGAAUCACAAGUUCGCCUCUUCUGCAACUCACCAAGAGAACACAGAUAAUGCUAGGUUUCGUGACUGGAUUGCUCAUAAUAAUGCGGUCUUCGACGUUUCUUGGAUCAAGGAUGAUAGUUGUCUUCUGACUGCUUCUGGUGAUCAAACUAUUAAAGUAUGGGAUGUUGAGGAGAAUAAGUGUACUGGAGUACUUAUAGGACAUACAGGAACUGUGAAAUCAAUGUGUUCACAUCCAACAAACUCUGAUCUUCUUGUCUCUGGUUCAAGAGAUGGAUGUUUUGCGCUAUGGGAUUUAAGAUGUAAGAGUACCUCUCACGAAGAGGAGUUUUGCAUCAACUCUACCGGCAUGGUUAAAGGAGCCCAUCUCUCUCCUCUUUCAAAACGAAUUGGACGUCGCAAGGCUGCUUCAUCAAGCAUUACCUCUGUGCUUUAUCUCAAGGAUGAGAUCACAAUUGCCACUGCUGGAGCACCAGAUAGCGCCUUGAAAUUUUGGGAUACUAGAAAGCUGAAAGUUCCCAUUGCCCAAGCAUCUCCACAGUCAGACACAACAAACAAUAAGGAAAAGAGAGCACAUGGUAUAGUGUCCCUGUCCCAAGACUCAAGUGGAACCUUUCUUACAGCAUCAUGCAAGGACAACAGAAUCUAUCUAUACAACAUACUGCAGCUUGACAAAGGACCUGUACAAUCUUUCUCUGGUUGCCGAAUAGAUUCUUUUUUCAUUAGGACAAUGAUUAGCCUUGAUGGUGAGCACAUUUUGAGCGGUUCAAGCGACGGAAACGCUUACAUAUGGCAGGUGAAUAAGCCUCAUGUAGAUCCUACAGUCUUGAAAGGCCAUGACAAAGAAGUAACUGCUGUAGAUUGGUCUCAAUCAGAGAUAGGGAAGGUAGUUACAGCUUCAGAUGACUUCACGGUACGACUGUGGAACAUAGAGACCAGCCGCUGCUCAAACCCAACAGCAUCUACUUCUAGAGUUAAACGCAGAGUAACCUCAUUGUCAAAUACUGACGCCGUAGAAAGACUUGAUGCUAACAAAGAACCUGAGAGUCCCCAAAAGCAUUCAUCAGAUAAUCAUUCUAUGCCUAUCAUCAGAACUCCAGAGGCUCAGACGAAGAAAAUAUCGUUAUCAUCAUCAUCAACAUUGUCAUUAUCAUCAUUAGAAGAAGAUAAAAUGUGCGAGAAUACACCAGAAACCACGGUCAACAGUCCAUCAUCUGUCCUAAACCCUCCUUCCUCUGUCAAAAGGCGAACCAUUAGAGAUUACUUCCUGGUCACUCCCUAAACAUGUUUCUCCUUUUCCAAAGAUUGUUAUUGUUGUACAGAAAUAUGUAAGAUUUUAUUAGAUUCAGGCUGUAUCUGAAAUUUUUGCAUAAAGUGAAUC